AUGUCGUUGGUCGAGUCAGAACAAGAGAUUGAGAACGACGAUUACGAUGAAGAGGCAGACAGCGACUUUGACGAACGGAAGUCAGACCAGGAGUCGGUGUCCUCCUCGGGACACGAUGAACCAGCCAGCAAGAUCACCAAGGCCGUCAAGAAAGCCACACCAUCGAAACCACUAAUAGAAGAACUUGACUCUGGCGACGAAGCGACAAUCAAGGAGCGACAGAAGACUAAGAAGAAACAGAGGCGGAAGAAAUCGGACCAUAUUUCUAGCGACGAUGAAGCGGACGAUGCCUGGCGAGCGAAGACCCGUUCUAUGCGUGCCGUUGAGCAUGCAGAAAGACAGAAGAAGACACUUGCGAGCACGAAGACAAGCACCAUAGAUGUGGAUAAAUUGUGGGAAAUGUUGAACAAGCCCGCACCUCUUCCACCAGUGCGGAUGGAAGGCGAGCAGGCUUCUGAAUUGUCUCCAAACGAACAAGAUCAGACUACAAAGAAAGCUCUUCCCGAUCCAGCUCUUGAAGAGACGGUAACGAUCAAGAGGCAGUUCAAAUUUGCAGGAGAGGUCCAGGUCGAAGAAAAGGUUGUGCUCAAGUCUUCAGCUGAGGCUAAACUCUGGUUAGCUCAACAAGAACACAAGUCCAAUCCCUCUGAAGAGGCGAGCAAUGGAAAACAACGCCCACUCCGCAAGAUAUCUAGAUUCGAUCCCAACUACAGUAAUCUAGAAGCAUUUCAGAACCACUCUAUCAAAGCUCAGCCGGGCACUUUCAAGGGUCCAAAACUCAACGUGGUGGAAAAGAGCAAGAUGGAUUGGGCUUCACACGUUGAUGCUGAAGGAUUGAAAGACGAGCUUGACGAGCAUUCGAAGGCAAAGGGAGCCUAUCUGAAUCGCAUGGACUUCCUCAGUCAGGUCGAACAACGAAAAGAAGCAGAAGCCAGAUUAGCCAGACAGAAGGGCUGA